UUAAACACAAUGCUACUACUGGUUAGUGCAUCUUCAUGAACGCAUGGAUGCAUGCAUGCAUUCAUUGGCUAAGUUAUGAGCACAAGUAGUACCAGUGCCUGCUUCUCUCUGUUCAAACACUGCAAGACCUUCGCCCAUUUGCAACAAGUCCACGCCUUUGCUGCCAAAACCGGCCUUCAAUCCCACCCUCUCGUCGCCGGCCAGCUCCUCCACCACUCCGCCGUCACCCUCUCCGACACUCUCCACUAUGCUCUCCGCUUCUUCGCUUCCAUCCCUUCCCCAGACCCCUUCAUGUUCAACACCCUCAUUCGCGGCUUCUCCGAGUCCCAGCACCCUCACCAAUCCCUCCUCACCUAUGCCCAUAUGCGGCGGAGUUUUGUUCCUCCUGAUAGCUUCUCCUUCGCCUUCCUCCUCAAGGCCGCCGCCAACUCUCGGUCCCUCCUUUCCGGCGCCCAGGUCCAUUCUCAUGUUGUUCAUCAUGGCUUUGAUGAACAUUUGUUUGUAGGAACGACGUUGGUGAGCAUGUACGCUGAGUGCGGCUGUCCUCACUCUGCUCGUCAGGUGUUUGAUGAAAUGCCUCAACCAAAUCUUGUUGCUUGGAAUGCUGCUGUCACUGCUUGUUUUCGGUCUGAGAAUGUGAGGGAUGCGGAAGAGUUGUUUGCACGGAUGCCUUGGAAGAAUUCAACGUCUUGGAAUGUCAUGCUUGCCGGGUAUACCAAGGCCGGUGAAUUGCUGUCUGCGAGGCGUUUGUUCCUUGACAUGCCAUUCAAAGACCCUGUUUCUUGGAGUACCAUGAUUGUUGGAUUUGCGAGCAAUGGUGAUUUUGAUGGUGCCUUUUGGUUCUACAAGGAAAUGCUGAGCAAGGGACUUGGACCGAAUGAGGUCAGCUUGACAGGCAUGCUCUCUGCUUGCGCGCAAGCAGGGGCAUUUGAGUCUGGAAGAGCUCUACAUGGGAAUGCAGUCAAGUCUGGAAUGAUCUGCAUUGUUUCGGUGACUAAUGCGCUGUUGGACAUGUAUGCUAGGUGUGGAAAUGUCGACAUGGCACACCGAGUUUUUGAUGGGAAAUGACAAAGAAAGAGUGUCAUAUCUUGGACAUCGAUGAUGGCAGCAUUCGCAAUGUAUGGUCAUGGAGAUGAAGCUAUCAACCUUUUCUGCGAAAUGGAUGAAUGCGGAAUUAAACCCGAUGGAAUUACCUUCAUUUCUCUAUUGUACGCUUGCAGCCAUGCUGGUUUGGUUGAACGAGGAAAUGAAUAUUUUCAUCAAAUGGAAGAUAAAUACGGUAUUGAGCAAUCAAUUGAGCAUUAUGGUUGCAUGGUUGAUCUCUACGGUCGAGCAGGACUUCUCGAAGAAGCAUAUGAGUUUGUAAUGAAAAUGCCAAUAAUGCCUAAUGCCAUUAUAUGGAGGACAUUGCUCGGUGCUUGCAGCAUUCAUGGAAACCUUGGAUUGGCAGAGCAAGCAAAGAUGAGACUCGCAGAGCUUGAUCCUAAUGACUCAGGGGAUUAUGUUCUCUUGUCAAACAUCUAUGCAGUGGCCGGGAAGUGGAAGGAUGUCGCCAAUGUGCGAAGGUCCAUGAGCGACCGAAGACUAAUAAAGAUUCCUGGUUGGAGCUCAAUAGAAGUUGACAAGAUCAUCUAUACUUUUGUAGCAAGUGAUAUAUCAUCUGGUGUUAAACAAGAAGCUCACAAUAAGCUUUCAGAGAUCAUGUUAAGGUUGAGACUAGAAGGCUACAUUGCGGCAGUUAGUAAUGUUUUGCAUGACAUUGAAGAUGAAGAGAAGCAUGAUGCAAUAUUGAAACACAGCGAGAAGCUUGCAGUGGCUUUUGGGAUUGCGAGGACGAGCAAUGGAAGUGCUAUAAGGAUUGUGAAGAAUCUGAGAGUCUGUGGAGAUUGUCAUGCUGUGAUGAAGAUGAUCUCUAAGGUGUAUGGGAGGGAGAUUGUAGUGAGAGAUAGGAGUAUAUUUCAUUCAUUCAAAGAUGGUUCUUGUUCUUGUAAAGAUUAUUGGUGAGCGUUGAGAUAUUUAAGAAAACUCUAGUUCAAGUGCGAUAAUGAGUAUCCAGUUAUAGAUGUGAAUUUGCAAUCCAGUUAUAGAUGUGGAUUUGCAAUUCAAAUUGUGUCACUGAACGAGGGCACAUAAACUGGAAGAUCAAUUUUCGAUCUGUGCGCAUUCUCUUGAUGUAUGUGGCACUUGUUGUUUAAAAAAAAAAUUAUU